GGACGUUCUCUGCUUAGCCUAUUGGCUGAGCCCAGGAGUCGCUGUCUGCCAAUCGGGUGGAGGAAGGCAGACAAAUCUACCCCGCCACCAGCAAAAAAACGGCGCGUAACCCUUGCGGCGCCGGCCCAGCCGCGCCAGAGCUGGCGUGGGGAAAGGGAGAUAGGUGUCUCCAGCUGCUGUGGCUGUUUGGGGCGGGUCAGCUUCUGGGGCUUCUCAGGACCAGAUAGAGAACUAGCGGGCAGCAGCAAUGCUUGGCAAGGUGAGAGGCUGGGUAGACAUCUGCCGGGGGGCUACUCUUUUGUUCCUUUUUUGCCACCUGGGUUACGUUGGUGGGCAGAUCCGAUACCCGGUCCCAGAGGAGUCACAGGAAGGGACUUUUGUGGGGAAUGUCGCCCAAGAUUUCCUGCUGGAUACCGAGAGCUUGGCAGCUCGCAGGCUGCAGGUCGCUGGAGAGGUGAACCAAAGACACUUCCGCGUGGAUUUGGACAGCGGUGCCCUGCUCAUCAGGAAUCCAAUCGAUCGAGAGGCGCUGUGUGGGCUCAGUGCCAGCUGUAUUGUGCCCCUGGAGUUUGUAACAGAAGGGCCUUUGGAAAUGUACCGAGCAGAGGUAGAAAUUGUGGAUGUGAAUGAUCACGCCCCCCGAUUCCCUCGGCAGCAGCUGGACUUGGAAAUUGGGGAGGCAGCUCCUCCAGGACAGCGUUUCCCCUUGGAAAAGGCUCAGGAUGCAGAUGUGGGGAGCAACUCCAUCAGCAGCUAUAGACUAAGCUCCAAUGAACACUUUGCCCUGGAUGUCAAGAAGCGCAGCGACGGCAGCCUGGUCCCAGAGCUGCUCCUGGAGAAACCUUUGGAUCGGGAAAAGCAGUCAGACUACCGCCUAGUGCUGACUGCUGUGGAUGGCGGGAACCCCCCGAGAUCUGGCACGGCAGAGCUGCGGGUGUCAGUGCUGGACGUGAAUGACAACGCCCCAGCCUUCCAGCAAUCCAGCUAUAGGAUUAGCGUCUUGGAGAGCGCGCCAGCCGGCAUGCUGCUCAUCCAGCUCAAUGCCUCUGACCCAGACCUGGGUCCCAGUGGUAACGUCACCUUUUCUUUCAGUGGUCACACCCCUGAUCGUGUGAGAAGCCUCUUCAGCCUGCACCCCACUAAUGGAAAGCUUACCCUUCAAGGACCCCUAGACUUUGAGAGCGAGAAUUACUACGAAUUUGACGUGCGGGCUCGAGAUGGGGGCUCUCCAGCCAUGGAGCAACAUUGCAGCCUUCGGGUGGAUCUCCUGGAUGUGAAUGACAAUGCCCCCCACAUCACAGUGACCUCAGAGCUGGGGACUCUCCCUGAGAGUGCGGAGCCUGGCACUGUGGUGGCACUCAUCAGUGUGCAGGACCCUGACUCAGGUUCAAAUGGGGACGUGAGCCUCCGUAUUCCCGACCAUUUGCCCUUCGCCCUCAAGUCCGCCUUCAGGAACCAGUUCUCCCUGGUGACUGCUGGGCCCUUGGACCGAGAGGCCAAAUCCAGCUAUGAUAUCAUGGUCACUGCUUCUGACGCCGGGAGCCCUCCUCUGAGUACCCACAGGACCAUUUUCCUUAACAUUUCGGAUGUGAAUGAUAAUCCACCCUCUUUCUUCCAGAGGUCACAUGAGGUGUUUGUUCCAGAGAACAAUCGCCCAGGGGACCUGCUCUGCUCCCUUGCAGCCUCUGAUCCCGACUCUGGCUUGAAUGCACUUAUCUCCUACUCUCUCCUCGAACCCAGAAAUCGAGAUGUGUCAGCAUCCUCCUUCAUUUCUCUGAACCCCCAGACAGGAGCUGUUCAUGCUACUCGAUCCUUUGACUAUGAGCAAACACAGACACUGCAGUUUGAGGUGCAAGCCCGGGAUCGGGGCAACCCGCCCCUUAGUAGCACUGUGACAGUUCGUCUGUUUGUGCUGGACCUCAAUGACAAUGCCCCAGCUGUACUCCGCCCUAGGGCUCGGCCUGGUUCCUUAUGUCCCCAAGCACUGCCUCCAUCAGUUGGUGCUGGCCACCUAGUCACAAAGGUGACCGCUGUGGACUUGGAUUCAGGUUACAAUGCUUGGGUUUCGUAUCAGCUCCUGGAGGCCCCAGAUCCUAGCCUGUUUGCAGUCUCCCGCUAUGCCGGGGAGGUGCGGACAGCUGUUCCCAUCCCAGCUGAUCUCCCACCGCAGAAGCUGGUCAUUGUGGUAAAGGACAGUGGUAGCCCACCACUCUCUACCUCCGUCACUCUCCUGGUGUCCUUGGAAGAAGACACUCAUCCAGUUGUCCCUGAUCUUCGAGAGUCUUCAGCUCCAAGGGAAGGAGAAUCCCGCUUGACCCUCUACUUGGCUGUAUCUCUAGUGGCAAUUUGCUUUGUUUCCUUUGGCUCAUUCGUGGCCCUCAUCUCAAAGUGCCUGCGUGGGGCUGCCUGUGGAAUGACCUGCUUUCCUGCUGGCACCUGUGCCUGUCUCACCCGGUCUCGAAGGAGGGAGGGGCUUCCUCCUUCCAAUGGGAUCCUCCGAAUCCAGCUAGGGUCAGAUGAUCCUAUCAAGUUUGUUGAUGUGGGCGGCCACUCUCAUGGCUGUACACCCUUGGCUUCUGCACCCACUCGGAGUGAUAGCUUCAUGAUGGUGAAGUCACCCAGUGCACCUAUGGCAGGGGAACCCGUUCGCCCAAGCUGCCCACCCUCUGAUCUUCUCUAUGGGCUAGAGGUGAGACCUUUGCAGGCUCAGCCAAUGCUUGAGGGUUAUUCUGGUGCAGGCAUGUGGCUGGGCCAUGUCCCAGAGAAUAUUGGUCCCUCUGUAAGAGCCUGUAGUGAUGUUGCCACUUCUGUGAGUGGUAACUGUGUGGUAGAUGAUGUGCUUUAGAAGCGUUUU